AUAAUAAUAAAAAACUUUAAUAGCAUUUAUUAAUAGAUUUUAAAAGGGCAUUCUAUGCCUGCCUUUAGAUGUAAACCUUUAGAAAGUUGUUUUGACUUUGAGGUUUGUGUUCUUAGGUAGUUCUCCAUGGUUUAAAUCCACUUCCAUUUUGUCUGGAUAUCAUUUUUGCCCACAAUCUAUUUUGUACACACCAUUCCUUCCACUGUAUUUCCCUUCUUUUUGCCUUGUAUUUGCAACCUUCCACUGAUAUUUUUAAUUGUUCUUUUAAAAUCCAUCUAUUUCUGUAGCAUUUUUUUACAUGGAGGUAUAGUAAUGGAAAUUCUGCUUUGUUAUCUAAUUGUGUAAAUUAUGUGGUCAUCUUACCAAUUCACCUAACUGAAUCGAAACUGCUAAGUGCAUUAGUCAUUAUCACAAAAAAAUUAAAAUAGCUGUUUCCAUCUGCUAUGAUGUUAAUCUCCUGCCAUCCUAUUUUUAAAAAAUUACUGCUCAUGUUUAUCAGAAAGAUAUUCUUAUGUCUGUGCUCAGCUUAACUGAAARCAGGUCCAGUGCAGGCUUGCUUGAGUGGAGAUGAAUACCAUGGUUUAUCUCUGUAAAAAGAAAAUUGCAGCUCCAUGACAUUUAACUCUUGGCCUUGCCUUAAAUUCAGUGGAGAGUUUGAAGGAACUGACUGACAUACGUUGGGACUACAAAAAGCAAAUGGACAAUUCUGCACACUCAUUUAAUUACAAUUCCAUUACUUGGACAUUCAGUGUGCCUUACUUAAAGUGCUGGAGUUUUGUUAAUACUAUUUGCAGAUCUGGUUAUGCAGGAUUUCAUCUAUUACCCAUUCACUAAACCUCUAGAUAAUUAAGUUUUGAGAAAACGCUUUUUACCUCUGCCGCAUUUAUAUAGAUUGAAUGCAUCCCUUUAAACCUUCAAACUGACCUUUAAAUUUAUAAAAAAGAAGACUUAUAACCCAAAAAUGAACUGGCAAAACACCCAUUUCAGGAUAUGAUUGCUGUAUUGCUUUUCUAAUAUAUAGUUAUUGGUGGGAUUUUUAAUAAUGUAUUAUUUUUUCUCUUUAAAGAGUAGUAUAAAUAUAUUUGCAGUUGUCUAUUUAUAUAAUCAUGAUAGGUUAGUUCAUCCACUGGGACAAAAGCUUUGCAAAGUGAAGAUAUUAUKUCCAUGUACCCUAGGAGCCACUGAAGUUCAAGGUUAUUGCUGCUGCUAUUUACCAUUAUUCAAGUCAUAUUMAUUAGAACUUUGUCCAAUUCUGUCCUCAUGCUGAUUUGGGGUCAAGCCCUAAGCAUCUUCCUAAUCCCAGUUUUCCAUAAAAGGAUUUUGCUUGUUUAGAAACAUAUUUUUCAUUGCUUAGAUUCUUUACAGUACCUUGCUGACACAUCGUUGAAUAACAUCAUCUUCCAACUGGAAGCUCCUUAACAGGAGGCUGCAUCAUGACCCCUAUUGAUUCAUGAACUUCUCAUGGAAACAGUGAGCUAUGCAUGGAAGUCCAGGAAAUAGUGCAUCCAGACAACGUUUUCAUUAAAUCUGAGAUAUAAUGUAGUGCAUGUUGUUGUUUUAUUUGCUUCUUUCUUUACAGAAAUGUAGAGAACAUUGCUCGUAUAUAAGCAAUGAAUUGGAUGGAAUUCCACUUGCUGUGUCAGUUUCUACACCGAUGUAAUUUAUGUUGUGUCCAUAUACAUGUUUGAAAGGCUAAAUCUUGCACUUCAGAGGACACUUGCAAAACACAGAAUAAAAGAAAGCAGAAAAACUGGUGAUAGAGAAGAUUUUGAAAAAAUAAUCAGUGAUCAUGCUAAUGCAGCAGGUGUUCCCGUAGAGUCUCUGCAGGAAUCUCUUGGUGAAGAGUUAUUYAAAAUAUGCUAUGAAGAGGAUGAACACAUAUUAGGGGUUAUUGGAGGGACCCUUAAGGACUUCUUGAAUAGUUUCACUACUCUGCUGAAGCAGAGUGGCCACAACCAAGAAGCAGGAAAAAAGGACAGACUUGAGGAUGCCUCCAUAUUAUGCCUGGAGAAAGAUCAGGACUUCUUAAAUGUUUAUUAUUUCUUUCCUAAGAAAAUCACAAGUCUUAUUCUACCUGGUAUCAUUAAAGCAGCAGCUCAUAUUUUAUAUGAAACUGAGGUCGAAGUGAUGCUCAUGCCUCCUUGUUUCCAUAAUGACUGCAAAGAGUUUGCUAAUCAGCCUUAUUUGCUGUAUUCUAUACAAGUCAAAAGUGCAAAACCUUCCUUAUCUCCAUGUAAACCACAGUCUUCACUUGUGAUUCCUGCCUCUGUGUUCUGUAAGACUUUCCCAUUUCAUUUUAUGUUUGACAAGGAUAUGUCAGUUCUUCAGAUUGGAAAUGGGAUAAGAAGACUUUUGACCAGGAGAGAAUUUCAAGCUAAGCCAAAUUUUGAAGAGUAUUUUGAAAUUCUUACCCCCAAAGUAAGCUGCACUUUUAGUGGAAUCAUGACAAUGUUAAAUAUGCAGUUUACUGUACGAGUUAGAAGAUGGGAUAAUACUGAUAUGAAACCAUCCAUGGUAAUGGAUCUUAAAGGCCAAAUGAUCUAUAUUCUUGAAUCCAGUGCCAUUCUAUUCUUGGGAUCUCCUUGUGUGGAUAGACUAGAAGAUUUUACAGGACGUGGAUUGUACCUCUCAGAUAUUCCCAUUCACAAUGCUUUAAGAGAUGUUGUUCUGAUAGGAGAGCAGGCCAGAGCCCAGGAUGGACUGAAGAAGAGGUUAGGGAAACUAAAAGCAACCCUUGAGCAGGCCCAUCAAGCACUCGAAGAAGAGAAGAAGAAGACUGUAGAUCUUCUGUUUUCAAUUUUUCCUGGAGAGGUUGCUCAGCAGCUGUGGCAGGGACAAGUUGUACAAGCCAAGAAAUUUAAUAAUGUCACAAUGCUUUUUUCUGACAUUGUUGGAUUCACUGCCAUCUGUUCCCARUGCUCACCUAUGCAGGUUAUCACCAUGCUUAAUGAGCUUUAUACUCGCUUUGAUUACCAGUGUGGAGAGCUAGAUGUCUACAAGGUUGAAACUAUUGGAGAUGCCUACUGUGUUGCUGGAGGCUUACACAAAGAAAGUGAAACCCAUGCUGUUCAAAUAGCACUGAUGGCCUUGAAGAUGAUGGAACUGUCAGACGAGGUGGUGUCUCCCCAUGGAGAGCCUAUCAAGAUGCGUAUUGGCCUUCAUUCUGGAUCUGUCUUUGCUGGAGUUGUUGGGGUUAAAAUGCCUCGUUAUUGCCUUUUUGGAAAUAAUGUAACCCUUGCCAAUAAGUUUGAAUCUUGCAGUGUACCUAGAAAAAUAAACGUCAGCCCAACAACUUACAGGUUGUUAAAGGAAUACCCAGGUUUUGUGUUCACACCACGCUCAAGAGAAGAGCUUCCACCAAAUUUUCCAAGUGAUAUCCCUGGAAUUUGCUAUUUUCUGGAUUCUUAUACUCAAGGAACAAACUCACAGACUUGGUUUCAAAAGAGAGAUUUGGGAGAUGGCAAUGCCAAUUUUUUUGGUGAGGAAACAGGAAUAGACUAAAUUGUACAUUCACAAAUKUAUAGAAUAAAUUUAUAAAUAUUUGGAUUUCUUUUGUAUAAAUUGAAAAUUUUUAAAUCUGUAUGAAACAUGUAAGCACUUUAGAUUGUUAACACCUGAAAGCCAGUAUUAAAAUUUCAGGAAGUAUGUCACUGACUACUUGUUAUUUUUCCUUUGCAUAAGGGACAUAGUCGCUAAAGUAAUGUUGCAAUGUCACUGUUGGAAAUGCUACUAUAAACUGUAUUUUCCCUGUGGUAAUUUGUAAGUGCUACAGUUCUCUCUGUACUGAGAAUUCUAGAUGUAUUGUAUAUGCAGUUUGUCAGGAAAUGUAAUGUGCAAGUGAUGCAGCCACAUGCAGUGUUGUGAGCUGGUGCUUAUCGAUGACUAUGAAAAUGUAUUUUCCUAGAGAUUCCGUAAGAAAAUGUCCAUUAAAAUAUUGUCAUUGCCAUCACAUACUCCUUCCAGUGCAUCAUUUGGGCCCCAUCCUAGAAGCUGCUGACCAUCUUUUCACACUGACUGGUCAAAGUAUGAGGGUGCUCAGCAUUUUCUGGAUCAGGCUGCUAACUGUAGCUAAUACACAGGUGUAACAGAGUUGCUGCUUACUGUUUCAUGAACUUUGUGUAUAAAAUGACUAUAGAUUAAAACACUGUAUAAUCACAUGCAAGCAUCUCUGUAAUCAUCUAACUAUUUUAGUUCUUAGGGUUUUUAAAAUACUUAAAAAUAAUAAUGCCACUUGUUAUUAUGUAUUACAGCAAUAAAUGUUUUCUUUUUGUUGUCA